AUGGCAGACACAAGCAGCGACGAUGAGCUGCCGCUGGCGCAACGCCCCAUAGCCGCCCUCUUCGGGGCACCCAGGCCUGCAGCACCGGCGGCCGCCAGCGAUUCGGAAUCCGAUUUCCCCAGCUGGCUGCAGACGGGUGCUGCGGGGCACAAGGGCAACCAGGUCAUCACGCUGACCGACUCCGAGAGCGACGACGCGGUGCUGUCGCCUCCCAAGCCCACGGCGGCAGCGGCAGCGGCGGCAGCGGCAGAGCCCGCAGGCAACCGCGACGUCCAGCAGCCCCCCACGCAGCAGACUGCCGAGAAGAAGCCGCAGACAGCCAAGGCUGCGGCCGCCGCGCCCAAGAGCGCGGCCAAGCAAAAGGCGACGCCACGGGGACGAGCGGCGGCGGCGGCAGCAGGUGCGGGCGACGAGGAGGCACCCUCGCAGCCGCCGGCCACGCAGCCGCCAGCUUCGCAGCCCGCCACGCAGCAGGGCGGCACGGCGACCAAGCGGGGACCGGCGGCGGGGCUGGGGCUGCCGCACGCGCCCACCAGCCAGAUGCCGGUGGUGCUGCCGGAGAAGCUGCCACAGAUGAAGAUGCUGGUGGAGCUAGAGAGCAACCCGGACGACGCCCACCACGUGACCGACCUGUCUGGCGACUCGGGAGCCAUCGGCCGCCUGGUCAUCGCGGGCACCAAGGAGGCGCCUGAGAUGCAGAUAGAUCUGAAAGGUGUGCUAUACAAUGCCACCAUCGUGCCCUGCCCUGUGUCCAUAGCCGUGAUCAACAUGGGGCAGACUGAGGCGAAGGUGGAGUGCCUGUUCUCGGAGUUUGUGCAGCUCAGGGAGGACACGCGGUUCUCGUUUGUGGACACAGAAGUGCUGGGGGGCAUGGACGAUGAUGACGACCACUAUGUGGGCGACGGGGAGGAUGGCGGCGCGGCGGGCGCUGCAAACGAGGCAGGCGGCGCCAAGAAAGGCAAGCCCGGGGCCUGCCGGGUGUGGAGGUCGGGAAUGGUGGCUACGGCAGGGACUGGUGAUUGCUGUGGGUGCCAGGUGUGGAGGGAGGCGUUGGGAGGCAGCGCAGGGCGAGGCAAGGCUUCUGCCGCGGGCAAGGCCAAGGCGGCGCCACGCAAGCGGGCGGCCCCGAAGGCCAAGGGAGGCGUGAAGAAGGGGGCGGGCAAGGCGCGGGCAAAGCCCAAGCCCAAGGCAGGUGCUAAGAAGAAGUGA